CACGAUUGGAGUUCCAACAUGCUCAGCCUUCACAGCUCGAUCCCUGCUUUUUAGCUGAGACGGAGGCUGUUGGCCAUGGCGCUGGUUGCUGUCCGACGCUCGCGUGAUUUUCCAGAGGGCAGAGUGUUGGGCCUGGAUUGCAAGCCUCUUAAGCCCUGCGGGACUCCACAAACACGCAGACCACGACAGGUGGCGCCCACCGGUUGGACAAUGUGCGAAUGUGAAGCUGAUAAGGAAUGGGUUCUUUGCGAUCGAGUUGAUGCUGUGGCGGCUGAAAUGGCUGCACGCAUUCAAAGGCACUUGUGUGAAGAGUCUGGACACAAUGAGCUUGACCAGACCAUCUCUGAUUUGGCAGAAGUGGAUGUGAUGAAGGAGGCAACUGUGCGGCUUGCUGAAAUUCAGCUAGAGCAGGGCAAUGUGGAGGAGCCAGGAGCAGUGGAAGAGGAUACAGAAAGAUCAGAAGGCCAUGAGACCAUCGGAACUCGCAGAGAAUUGAGAAAGGAGAUGACGAGGGCUGCUAGAAAAGCAGCAUGGCGAGCGUCCCAAAAGGAGGAACAGAAAGAGGAACACAAGGAGGAGACCAAUUCAAAGCGCGUGGCAAAGCGUGGCAAAACUGCAAGGAAUGAGCGGGAGCAGCAUAGUCCGAAUUGACAAAUGCCUGUCUUCAAGGGCAUGCGGCAUGCGCAUGAUGCAUUCCUCCCUUUUGAACGGUUCAAACGGUUUGAU